CGGAAGUGUUUGGUUGCAUCAGACAGCAGGCAGAGGAACUCAUGUGGCUCUGCUGUGGAUGCUGACUUAAGCUGACGUCUCUUUCUGUUUCAUUCAAAGAGAUGGCCACUCUCUAUGUGUCCCCUCACCCUGAUGACUUCAGGAGCCUCCUGACUCUCAUCGCUGCAGAGUUUAGUCCGUCGUCCCGUCCCCGGACCCUCACAGAGGACCCUCCUGCUUCCCUGAAUGCUCGCUCCAGACCCAUCCUGGUGCUGGGCGCUGGGGAAAGCAACUCCAUCCUGAGCGGGGCCCCUGCUGUGGCCUGGUACCUGGCGAAUCAGGGGAAGAGAGCCGGUGUCGAUACAAAGCAGCAGAGCCAGGUGUGGCAGUGGCUCAGCUUUGCAGACAAUGAGCUCACCCCGGUGUCCUGUGCUGUGGUCUUCCCUCUGAUGGGGAUGUCGGGAGUGGAUAAGAAGCUCCAGCAGAGUUCCCGUGCAGAGAUGAUGCGUGUACUAAAGGUUCUCGAUAAGGCGCUGGAGCCGAGAACCUUCUUGGUGGGGGAGAGCAUCACCCUGGCUGAUAUGGCUGUGGCUACAGCUGUUCUCCUGCCUUUCAAAUAUGUCCUGGAGCCAUCAGACAGGAAAGUCUUGACCAAUGUUACGAGGUGGUUCACAACCUGCACGAAUCAGCCUCAGUUCCUGAAGGUGUUGGGGACGAUCACUCUCUGUGAGAAGAUGGGGCCAGUAACCCCCAAAACAAUUCCCCCCGCCAGUCCUAAAGCUGCGACUGCCAGUCCUGCUGUUGAAUCCGCUGACGCUGCAGCUAACGGCCCACCAAAGACAGAAGCCCAGCUGAAGAAGGAUGCUAAGAAGAGAGAAAAGCUGGAGAAGUUCCAGCAGAAGAAAGACAUGGAGGCAAAGAAAAAGACUCAGCCACAGACAGAGAAAAAGGUCAAACCAGAAAAGAAGGAGUUGGGAGUGAUCGCAUACAAUGUCCCCACAGCCCCCGGGGAGAAAAAAGAUGUGAUAAGCCCGCUCCCUGACUCCUACAGUCCUCAGUAUGUGGAGGCGGCCUGGUAUCCCUGGUGGGAGAAGCAGGGAUUCUUCAAGCCUGAGUACGGGAGGAAGAGUAUUGGCGAUGCAAACCCUCGCGGUGUCUUCAUGAUGUGCAUCCCUCCGCCUAACGUGACCGGAUCCCUUCACCUGGGUCACGCUCUCACCAACGCCAUUCAGGAUUCUCUCACCAGAUGGCACAGGAUGCGAGGUGAGACCACCCUGUGGAACCCGGGCUGUGAUCACGCUGGCAUCGCCACACAGGUGGUGGUGGAGAAGAAGCUGAUGAGAGAGAAGGGCAUGAGCCGGCACGAUCUGGGCAGGGAAAACUUCAUCCAGGAAGUCUGGAAAUGGAAGAACGAGAAGGGAGACCGUAUCUACCACCAGCUGAAGAAGCUAGGCUCCUCUCUGGACUGGGACAGAGCCUGCUUCACGAUGGACCAAAAACUCUCCUAUGCUGUCCAAGAGGCCUUCAUCCGCAUGCACGAUGAGGGAGUGAUCUACAGGAGCAAGAGGCUGGUCAACUGGUCCUGCACGCUGAACUCUGCCAUCUCCGACAUAGAGGUGGAUAAGAAGGAGCUCACUGGCAGGACGCUGCUGCCUGUGCCUGGCUACAAAGAGAAGGUGGAGUUUGGGGUGUUGGUGUCUUUCGCCUACAAAGUGGACGGAACAGACGAGGAGGUGAUCGUGGCAACAACUCGUAUCGAGACCAUGCUGGGAGACAGCGGGGUAUCCGUGCACCCCGCUGACCCCAGGUAUCAACAUCUGAAGGGCAAAAUGGUGCUGCACCCGUUCUGCGACCGCAAGAUGCCGAUCGUCUUCGAUGAUUUCGUGGACAUGAGCUUUGGAACAGGUGCUGUCAAAAUCACCCCAGCCCACGACCAUAAUGACUACGAGGUUGGAGAGAGACACAAUCUGGCCUUCAUCAACAUCUUGGACGAGAACGGCCUGCUCAUUAACGUGCCCCCUCCCUUCCUGGGUAUGAAGCGUUUCGAGGCCAGGAAGGCCGUGCUGCAGGCUCUCAAGGACAGGGGCCACUUCAGAGAGAUCAAAGACAACCCUAUGGUGGUCCCAGUCUGCAGCCGUUCCAAGGACAUCGUGGAGCCGCUGUUGAAGCCGCAGUGGUAUGUGAGCUGCGCUGAUAUGGGCAAGCAGGCCGCAGACGCCGUCAGAGAGGGACGCCUCAAAAUCAUCCCCGACCAUCACCUCAAGACCUGGUUCAACUGGCUGGACAACAUCAGGGACUGGUGCAUCUCUCGGCAGCUGUGGUGGGGUCACCGUAUUCCCGCUUACUUCAUCACCGUCAACGAUCCCUCAGUGAAACCAGGAGAGGACAUGGACGGCCAUUACUGGAUCAGUGGGAAGUCGGAGGACGAGGUCAGAGAGAAGGCGGCGAAACGCUUCAAUGUGUCCGCUGACAAGAUCUCCCUCAGACAGGACGAGGAUGUUCUGGACACUUGGUUCUCGUCUGGCAUUUUCCCCUUCUCCAUCUUCGGAUGGCCUAAUGAGACCCAGGACCUGAACGUGUUCUACCCCGGCACGCUGCUGGAGACGGGCCACGACAUCCUGUUCUUCUGGGUGGCUCGGAUGGUGAUGAUGGGCCUCAAACUGACCGGCAAGCUGCCCUUCAAAGAGGUUUAUCUGCACGCGGUGGUGAGGGACGCCCACGGGAGGAAGAUGAGCAAGUCUCUGGGCAACGUCAUUGACCCUCUGGACGUCAUCACAGGGAUCUCCCUGGAGGGUCUUCACGCCCUGUUGACAGACAGCAACUUGGAUCCAGUGGAGGUGGAGAAGGCCAAGCAGGGCCAGACGUCAGACUACCCUAAUGGCAUCCCAGAGUGCGGCACAGAUGCUCUCCGCUUCGCCCUGUGUGCCUACACCAGCCAAGGGAGGGACAUCAACCUGGAUGUCAACCGCAUCCUGGGCUACCGUCACUUCUGCAACAAACUGUGGAACGCUGUGAAGUUUGCCAUGAAGACACUCGGAGAAAACUUUGUGCCGUCGGAGAAAGCCCAGCUGUGUGGAGAGGAGAGCGUGUCAGACCGCUGGAUUUUGUCUCGUCUGAGCGCUGCUGUCGCUCUCUGUGAUGCCGGCUUCAAGGCCUACGAGUUCCCCACCAUCACCACCGCCAUCUACAACUUCUGGCUGUACGAGCUCUGUGACGUCUACCUGGAAAGCGUGAAGCCGGUGUUCAGCAAAGCCGAGGAGGACGGCAGCAGCCAGAGACAGGCGCUGGUUUGCAGACAGACGCUCUACACCUGUCUGGACGUCGGUCUGCGGCUCCUGUCUCCUAUCAUGCCCUUCGUCAGCGAGGAGCUCUACCAGAGGUUACCACGAAGACGACCUCAGAGUGACCCCCCCAGCAUCAGCGUCACUUUGUACCCCGACUCAGAGGAGUUCUGCUGGCACAGUGAGGAGGUCGACCGCGACAUGGAGUUCGUGAUGACGGUGAUCAAGACCAUCCGCUCGCUGAGGGCCGACUACAACCUGACCAAGACCAGAGCCGACUGCUACCUGCAGUGCACGGACUCGGCGACGGCGUCCCUGCUGCAGAGGCACAGCCUGCAGAUCCAGACGCUGUCUUACUCUCAGGCCGUCCUCCCUCUGACCGCAGAGCAGCCCGUCCCAGGAGGCUGCGCUGUGGCCAUCGCAUCUGACAGAUGUACUGUCAACCUCAUGCUCAAGGGUAUCAUUGAUGUGGAGAAAGAAGUGGCUAAGCUGAUGACAAAGAAGGGCGACUUGGAGAAAGCGAUGGAGAAGCUGAAGGAGAAGAUGGCAAAGAGUGACUACAAGGAGAAGGUGCCGGUGAAGGUGCAGGAACUGGAUGCGGAGAAGCUACGGCAGAGCCAAACUGAACUGGAGAAAGUAAAAGAAGCCAUGGAGAACUUCAGGAAAAUGAUGUGACUUUCCCCUUAGCAAUAUGUAAAUCAGGAUUUAUUUCCAUAUUUUUCAUGUCAGUGUAUUCAUUUUCCAAGUCGACUGGAUUCAGGAGGAAAUUCAAUAAAGCUCUACGACAGACAAA